AUGUCUGACAAGCCCGGUAUGGUGGAGAUUGAGAAGUUUGAUAAGUCGAAAUUGAAGAAAAUGGAAACGCAAGAGAAAAACCCACUGCCUUGGAAAGAAACGAUUGAACAGGAGAAGCAAGCAGGCGAGUGGUAAUGAAGCGUGCGCCGCCAGUGUGCACUGUACAUUCCACAAGCAUUGCCUUCUUAUUUUACUUCUUUUAGCUGUUUAACUUUGUAAAAUGCAAAGAGGUUGGAUCGAGUUUAAAUGACCUGCUACCCCUGUUCACAUCAAAGAAUGGAGAACUACUGACAACGUAGGCCGCGCCUGC